AUGCAAUUCAGGUCUUCCAAAUCUCUCUUCCUCCGCCUCGCCGGCUCCUCCUUCUCCGAGCAUCCACCGUCUCAGUCGCCGCGUCGAGCGAUCUCCGUUCUGGUCGCUAAUUUCUCAUCUUCAAAUGUAGUCUCCGGGUCCAGCUCCGGUCAAUUUACAUCGAGGCGUCCUCAGAAAGACGAUGACUCUCGGGGUGUACGGGUUUCAGUGUGGUGGAAUUUCGACAACUGUAAUUUGCCAGCGGGUGCGAACGUCUUCAAAGUAGCUCAGACUAUCACAGCCGCCGUUAGAAUCAACGGAAUCAAAGGUCCCAUCAAAAUCUCCGCUUUCGGAGACAUAUUGCAGCUCUCGAGAACGAACCAGGAGGCUCUCUACGCUACCGGAAUCAGUCUCACUCACGUCCCUCAAGGUGAGAAGAAGAACAGUACGAGUAAUAUGUGUCUGAUUACAGAUCUAAUGUGUUGGGUUGCUCAAAACCCACCUCCUGCUCAUCUCUUCCUCAUCUCUAGCGACGGAGGUUUAGCGAGUGUGCUACACAGAUUGAGGAUGAACAACUACAACGUUUUGCUUGCCGGCGACGAAGAAACGACGCCAGGUGUAUUGUGCAGCGCUGCUUCGAUAAUGUGGGAUUGGAAUGAUUUAGCUCUAGGGAAACAUUCGACAUGUAAACACUUUAACCAGCCACCGGAUGGUCCUUUUGAUUCUUGGUAUGGUCACUAUAGAACCCCUCUUCUUGACCCUUUUGCCACAUCUUCCUCCACCAAGCAACAAGCUUGUACUACUAUUGUGAAAACCGAAGAUUUGCUGGAGACGAAUUCAAAUCCUAAUUCGGUUUCUUCUAAGGUUUUUCGUCCUGUUCCGGAAGAAGUUGUGAAGGAGAUUGGUUUGGUGUUGAGUUUAUAUCCUAAGGGAGCAGCCAUUACAGACUUACGUGAGCAGCUGAGGAAGAGAGGUGUAUCUUUAGAUAAAGACUUUUAUGGACAUAAGAGUUUUUCGAAGUUUUUGUUAUCUAUGCCGGAGGUUUUACAGGUUGUUCCGAAGGGAGAUGGUAUGUUUCUUGUUCAUGCUUGUAACCAGGAAAUGGAUAACAAAGCCUCCUCGCCGAAACUAAGAAGCGAGGAUCCCAAAGUUGUUGUUAGUGUGGAAAAGAGGCAUCAGAAGGUGAAACAGAUUGUUGGAGAUGUCAAAAAGGAAUCUCAAUCACAAGAGAGUUCUCAAGAGUCUGUUCCAGUAGUUAGUCAGAUGAAUGUUGAGGCAAAAGAAGAACCAGUGAAAGAAACUCAGCUAGCUUUUACUCCAGGGGAUGAUGUUUCUUCUUAUAAUGAAAAAGAUGGGUUUUUGAAGAAGCUAAAUAGACUAUGGUUUGGUUCACCUGAGAUUGUUAGUGAGGAUAAGGACUUAGAAUCUGUUAUUGCAUCUUCCACCUCUAGUGAAUCUGCUAAGGAGGUUAAAACAGACACUGAAGUAGGCAACGAGCAAUCUAAGAGUCCAGGGCUUUUAAGUCGACUUCUGAAGAGAUUUAAGUUUUUUGGGGAAAGAAACACAGAGCUUAGCAAUGCAGCAGCAGAAACUGAAGCUCAAGUAGAUGACAUCUUUGCAAAAGAUUCGUUUUGGGAAGAUGUUGAGUGUUUCAUUUAUUCUCCGAGAGGCUUCGUCGUUGUUUCUCACUCAAAAUCAAGAGAAGCGUUGGCUAAGAAUCUUAAGGAAGAAGGACCUUCAUCUCUCAAACCGCUAGAUGCAUCCAAAAUGCUUGAUUUAGUGUCGAUGUUAGUAUCAGAGAAGAAAUGGAUCAAAGAGAACCUUUAUGAUGCUCUACCUUUCAGAGUAACUCGGUUCACACAAAAAGGAUCUGGUCUCAAUAACCACCCUAGUGCUUCGAGUGGACUGAGAUCGAUAUUUGUGAAUAUGUCAAAGACGCAAUGUGACGACGAAGAAGCAGAUGGUGAGAAAACCUCCAAGAACAUUGUUGGUAUAAGCCACUGA